AUGUCGCUCUCGGAGGAGGUCCGCACGCGCUCCUCCAGCGUCGCGUCCACGAGCGACCUCGAGGAGACACCGCCGAAGUGGGAGCGGAUCUUGUACCGGUGCGCCGCGCGUCCGUCCUUCUCCGAUGACGACGAUCCGCCCCGCCCGCCCGCGUCGUCGUCGUCGCGUUCCGUCCGUCCUCCAUCGGACGACCCGCGUCAACCCGCGUCGAUCGACGAUCGCCGACCCCCCCCUCCCCCUCCCGUCCCUUCCCCGCCGCCGUAUAGGCGGCAGCCGUACCCGGACAACCACACGGACGACUCCUUCCUCGAGCGCGUCGUCGUGAACGGACGCGUGAUCCCGCGAUCGCUCUCGGCCGCGACGUCCGUCGCGCGCGUCGUCUCCGCGCAGCUCGCGUGCGCGGUCCUCGCGUCCGUCGCCGUCGCGCACGUCCACGCCGGGCGCGUCGCGCCCGCGCGCGUCCUCGCCGCGAACGUCGCGUCGACCGCGUGCGCGCUCCUCGGCGCGAUGGCGACGCGAGGCCCGAGGAUGGGGCUCCGCGUCGCCGGCGCGCGGAUCGCGGCGGCGGCGCCGGCGCUCGCGGCCGCGCUCGCGGCGUCGUCCGCGCCGUUCCGCGCCGCGGCGGUCGCGGCGGUGUCGACGGACGUCGCGGUCGCGGGCGCGAUCGCGGCGCUGUUCGUGCACGUGCUGUCGUUCGACUACGCGCGCCGCGAGCGCGGCGGCGGCGGCGGCGGCGGCGGCGGCGGCGGCGACGAUUUCGACGCCGCGACGCCGCCGAGGAACGGCGUCAGCCUCUCCGCGGCCGCGCUCGCGUCCGCGCUGCUGUGCUCGCGGCUGGACUCCACCGCGGCCGCGCGCGCGUGCGCGCUGACGUCCGUCACGAUGUUCGCGACGGUUCAGGGGAUGCGAAGCGACGCGCGGCGGGCGUCGACGCGCGCAUUUCGCGCGGAGGUGCGUCCUAUACACUGGUCCCCAUACGACCGCGUCGGCGUUGUGAACGCCGAUCCUUAA